UCUCUGUCUCUGCCCUCCCUCUCUAUCUCCCUUUCUGCUCCCUCCUCUCAGCUCGAAACAUAUAAGAGCGAGACCGGAGCGCACACACAAAGUCCACCCUGCUCACGUGCACAGACACAUUCGCUGUGCAUACAUCGAGUAGAGCAGAUCAGAAAUCUUCACCCCUCUCCUCAGCUUCAAGAAAGCACCUGUGUGGAAAAGAAAACGUGAUCUCACAGAAUUUCAUUUUUUUUUGGUGCAAAUUCAGCUAUGGAAGCCAAGAAGUGGAGGUAGAAGCAACCAGAGGUUCUUCUAAAGGGAAUACUGAACUCUUCAUGUUUGAGCUCAGGUUUUGUUUUGUUUUGUUUUUGUUUUUUCUGCAAGCUAAGCUCUUGUUGACAGGAACGUCUCUGUGAUUUGGAUUUUCUUUUUUAAACAGGUCAAACUGUUUUUUUUUUUUGUUUUGGAGCGGUUUGUGUGCGUGAAGAGCGCAGAAGCAGGAAAUAUGUCAAGCGGACGGCUCAGUCACCUGUUGAAGGGAGUCCUGGUGCUCCUGCCAGCAGCUGUAAUUGUAGCUGGAACGAGGAGUAAACUUUGGGAGGUGCCCACUGGUCCCUUCGCAUCCUCUUCCAAUCAAACCGAGAGCCUCCAAUGGGAACACUGUCAGUACCGCCACCUAAAGGACAGAGUGAGAAUCACAGCAGACAUCCCACCAAGACUGGACGGGACGUGGGUAUCAACGAGGUGCGAGGUUCGGCCCGGUCCAGAGUUCCUCACCCGGUCGUACACCUUCCAUUCCCACCGUCACUUCCAGGCACUGCAGCACUACUACACCGAGAGCAGCUGUGAAGACCCGGCCUACUCCCUGACGAUCAGAGGCAAGAUCCGUCUGCUCCAGGCCUCCUGGAUCACCCGUGGGGCCACGGAGGCAGAGCACCACCUCAGCAGCGUGGGAAUUGUGCUUCACAGCGUGGCCGCCAAGCAGAGGCUGGCCUCCAGAUUGCCCCCAGCCUGCGUGAGCCUGAGCAUCAGCGAGGCGGUGCCGGGGAAGCCGUACGAGCUGUACGGCAGCCGCGCAGGGAGAGCGUGUCUGGCAGCGAUGGGCUUCUCCGUGGCAGAGAUGGGUCUGCUGCGUGUGGAGACGCAGCGCCGCAGCCACGGAGGAGAGGUGCGGGAGCUGUUUUUAGGGGAUAUUCACACAGACUGGGCCCAGAGGACACAGCACCGACCCACUGGGUACCAGCAGCCACUGCAGAACGCCAUGCAUCACAUCCACCCGUGCCCUGUGUGCGCUCUGGUGUACCGCUCCUCAGAGCAGCGCCCCCCGGUGUUACCUCGGGCUCCUGCAGUCCCUCUGUCCCUGGCCGGCCACUGGGUCAGCCAGCGCUGCGAGACCCGUCCCAAUGUACUCUUCCUCACCCGAGACUUCACCUUCGAUCCGAGCCAGCACGUCUGGGAAGGCGUCUACCGUCAUUACGUGGACUCGGCGUGCUCACAGCCCACUUUCACCCUGUCAGCAUUGGGCCACUACGCUCAGGGAAACCCCUCCUCCAAACUCUCAGGAGCCACCGAGUUCGUCUUCAAGGUAACGCAGGUGAAAGUCACGGCCAUGGACGAGUCCACCGCCAAGCUGCUGAACGGCACAAGGCCGGGAAAGUGCGGACGGGCGGGAGACUGGAGGGUCGGGGUGGAACAGGACCUGACCCCCACCAACGGGUGUCCUAUGCUGGGCAUCAAGCUGCCGCACAAGGAGUACGAGCUCUUCAAGAUGGAGCUGGACCACAGGAAACACCUGCUGCUGUUCACUGGAGAGAGACCGACUGACGGGUCCAGUCCCGAUCGACCACUGAGGCGGCCCACCUCCUUUCAGGCUCCCAUGGUGCUUUGCAGCGAGGGAGAGACACGCCCGUCCUUCUCAACUUUCAGUAGCAAGCAAGUGCAGUUGGCCGGUGGGACGGCGGGUCUGGAAAAGCUGGCGUUGCUGGUGUUUGGAUCCGCACUGUGCGGCUGGCUCGGUGUUUAUUAGAGACGUUUCCACCAAUCAAGGCCUGGUUCUCGGCUCAAGCCGGUGAUGGAUGUUGUUUGUCAGCUGAAAUCACCUCGCUCCUUUAAAGACUAGACCUGAGACAGAGGCGGGAGACAUUUAAAAGAGCUGAAUAAUUUUUUUACAUCUGGAACUCAGAUGCCAUCUAAUGGAUAAAAGACUCUCGUGUUAAACAAGACACUCAUCUGGAAAGGACUGAAAUCAGAUGGAAAAGCAGCGAUGACAAUAUUUAUCCAAAAGUGCCACAGUCCCAUAAAUAAAUAUAAUACUAAGCAGUUAGACCAUACUAAAUAGAAUUGGUAAUAAUUACAUCAAGCAUUUGUGAUUGAUGCAUUAUUAUCUCAUGUACGAAUACACAAAUAAUUCAAAUACAUGACAAAUAAUCAGAAGGGACAAUAGCUACUGUCUAUAAAAGUUUAUGGAUUCUUGGUCUACAGUGCAUCAUAAAUUAAUUUAAUCACCAGCUCAUCAAUAAACUCAAGGCAAGGCAAAUUUAUUUGUAUAGCACAUUUCAGUUCAAAGACAUCGCAAAGUGCUUUACACAAUACAGGAAAAUAAAACAGAACAAAAGCAAGUUGGAAGAAAAUUGUGGAACCAAAAUUUAAAAUGGGAAUUUAGAAACUAAAAGCAAAUAUGAAAAACAG